AUGAUUAAAGUAUUACAAAAAGCCGGCGGAGACGCAUUCAUCGACGACAAGCAUGGUCACACACCGUUUUACUACCGUACCCAAGGACAGCGUCUGAACAUGCGCAGUAUGAAGGACAACGCGGUAAUGAACCAGCUAAUGUCCGGACAACUGAGCCGCACUCUUCUGCAAGUUUAUAACGAACAAAAACAAGGCCGUUCAGCAUCCUUCCCGCAGGAAGACAUCUAUGACUGGAUUCACACAGGAAAUGUCGGCAAACUUGAAGAACUUGUACUUACUGGCUAUGGCGAUCUGUUGCUGGGCAGAAACCACGAGGUGAUUCUUCGUUUACUAAUUUUUUCGUAA